GUAUAGAAACCACAAAUCACCUCGAAAAACGACGAAUUGAACUUGAAUCGGAGUGAAUUCGCCGCUGCAACUCUUCCCUGGUUUCGCCGGCCUGCUGCGCGUGACGGAGGGACGAGGCGAGGACGUCGGUCAGAAUCCCUAGCGUCGACGGCGACGACAGCGGCGAAUGUUCUCGACGGUUGCUGCGGCUGCUGGCUCUCCCUGGCAGACGGACGGCGAACAGAGGCGAAACGGACGAAGUGCUUAAGUCUCGUAGCUCCCCCACUCCCUAUUUAAUAUAAAUUUAAUUAAAUUUUAAGGUCCAGUUUACACUUCCUAACUGGAUGUUCAGCACUCAAACCCCGCCCCCCUACUCGGAAGAUGUGUUGAAGGCCGGCAUGGAUGGCCUGCAGAUGGGUAUGAAACUACACAGAGAAGGUAAACACGAAAAGGCCCUACCUUUUGCCACUAGGGCUUUGCAAUCCUUCUAUAAAGACAAAGACAGUGUGUCAAUGCCCCUUGCAAUGGCCCUUCAUUUGAUGGGUUCUGUAUCUAGUGCUCUAGAGAUGUUUGAUGAGAGCAUAGGGUACCUCAAUUGGGCCAAAUUGGUAUUAGGACAGUUAGAGAACAGUGGGUCUGUUGAACUUGAACAUGCUGUGGAGCUUGACCUGUAUUACACCACAAGAGGCAUGGGCAGGAGAGAGGAGUCUCAGGUUCAUCUCAUCAAGAGUGUGGAGUUAAAAAAGAUGAUUUGGGGGGAGGGUAGUGUUGAACUUGGAAACGAUUAUAGGAAUCUUGCCAGUGAACACUUUUCUGCUUUGAAAGUCCGCGAGGCAUUGCCGCUUUGUAUGAAGGCACUAGAGAUACACAAGGCACUGUUAGGGGAUGACUCUGUUGAGGUUGCAAAGGAUAGAGAAGUUCUUGGGCUUAUAUACGGCGGGUUAAAAGAUCUUGAUAAAGCUUUAGAACAGUAUCAACUGUCACUAAAGGUUUUGAAGAAUUUGGGUCAUGGUGAAGAGUUGCUCGAAAUAGAAAUUGAAGCUGCUAAAACUCAGGUUCAAUUGGGAAGGUACGAUGAGGCCAUUAAUGCCCUCAAGGGCAUUCUUCCAUUGACUGAUAAGGAUAACAGAGCUAGAGCCAUGAUCUAUGUUGCCAUUUCAAAUGCGUUGUCUGGCCAGAAUAAGCUAGAAGAAGCGAAAAAGUGUCUUGAUACUGCUUGUGAGGUUCUUGGCAAGGACGAUAGUAGCUUUCCCUAUGAGGUUGCGGCAACUUACAUGGAAAUUGGGAUGAUGUAUCAGGCAAUGAAUGCGCUUGAAGAUGCGCUAUCUGUGUUCAACAAAACUUUGCGAAUGUUUGAGAAGAUGCCCGAUGCACUGAAUUAUGCUGGUACUGUUUCUUGUAGUAUUGGGGAGAUCCUUCUGGCAACAGGGAAAGCAGAGCAGGCAGUUCCUUAUUUGGAGGAUGCAGUCAAAUGGCUUAAAGAGAGCUAUGGGUCGAAUAAUUUCACUGUGGGUUGUGCUUACAAAAGUUUAGGCACUGCUUACUUGGAACUAGAUAGGCCUCAAUCUGCUGCAAAGGUUUCUGCAGAUGCUAAGGAUAUAUUUGAUGCCUCUCUUGGCCCUCACCAUGCUCAUUCAAUAAAGGCUAAUCAAAACCUUUCAAAAGCAUAUGCUGCUAUGGGAAGCUAUGAACUUGCAAUUGACUUCCAGAAGAAAGUUGUAGAAGCUUUGGAAGGGAAGGGUUCAAAUGAAGAAAACAAACUUCAAAAAGCUCGCCAGAUUCUCGAGCAGCUGAAGAAGAAAAGAGCGCGUUUGAAUCCUGAUGAAGAAGGCCAAUCACUGUAGAGGCAAACACAACUUUUUGAAUGUGGAGGAGGCUAUUCACAUUAGAGGCAUUCCUUCUUCUUCUAACUUUAUUUAUGAGCACAAGUCUUGAAAAUAUGAUAGAGAGUAGAAACACAAGUCUUGGAAAUAUGAUAGAGAGUAGAAACACAAGUCUUGGAAAUAUGAUAUGAAGUAGAAAUGCAGUAUUUCAUCUCUCCUCAAACAAACUUUCCACUUCUAAUCUAAUUAAGAAAAAAACAUUGUGAGG